CAAUUAACAUACCCUCUCCCUAAUCAAACAUAACUCCUCCCAUUUGCCAAUCAAUGGCUAUAUACAGUGGGGAGAACAGGUAUUUGAUACACUGCCGAUUUUGCAGGUUUUCCUACUUACAAAGCAUGUAGAGGUCUGUUAUUUUUUAUCAUAGGUACACUUCAACUAUGAAAGACGGAAUCUAAAACAAAAAUCCAGAAAAUCACAUUGUAUGAUUUUUAAGUAAUUAAUUUGCAUUUUAAUGCAUGACAUAAGUAUUUGAUACAUCAGAAAAGCAGAACUUAAUAUUUGGUUCAGAAAACUUUGUUUGCAAUUACAGAGAUCAUAGGUUUCCUGUAGUUUUUGACCAGGUAUGCACACAUUGCAGAAAGUAUAUACUAUAUACUUUCGGCCCGUCAUUGGACACUGUGCUAUCUAACCUCCAAACGAGCUUCAAUGCCAUACAACACUCCUUCCGUGGCCUCCAACUGCUGUUAAACGCUAGUAAAACCAAAUGCAUGCUUUUCAACCGAUCGCUGCCUGCACCCGCAUACCCGACUAGCAUCACCACCCUGGAUGGUUCCGACCUUGAAUAUGUGGACACCUAUAAGUACCUAGGUGUCUGGCUAGACUGCAAACUGUCCUUCCAGACUCAUAUCAAACAUCUCCAAUCGAAAAUCAAAUCAAGAGUCGGCUUUCUAUUCCGCAACAAAGCCUCCUUCACUCACGCUGCCAGGCUUACCCUAGUAAAACUGACUAUCCUACCGAUCCUCGACUUCGGCGAUGUCAUCUACAAAAUUGCUUCCAACACUCUACUCAGCAAACUGGAUGCAGUUUAUCACAGUGCCAUCCAUUUUGUCACUAAAGCACCUUAUACUACCCACCACUGCGACUUGUAUGCUCUAGUCGGCUGGCCCUCGCUACAUAUUCGUCGCCAGACCCACUGGCUCCAGGUCAUCUACAAGGCCAUGCUAGGUAAAGCUCCGCCUUAUCUCAGUUCACUGGUCACAAUGGCAACACCCAUCCGUAGCACGCGCUCCAGCAGGUGUAUCUCACUGAUCAUCCCUAAAGCCAACACCUCAUUCGGCCGCCUUUCGUUCCAGUACUCUGCUGCCUGUGACUGGAACGAAUUGCAAAAAUCGCUGAAGUUGGAGACUUUUAUCUCCCUCACCAACUUCAAACAUCAGCUAUCUGAGCAGCUAACCGAUCGCUGCAGCUGUACACAGUCUAUUGGUAAAUAGACUGUAAGUCGCUUUGGAUAAAAGCGUCUGCUAAAUGGCAUAUAUUAUUAUUAUUUAUUAUUAUUAUUAUUAUUAUUAAAUAGCCCACCCAUUUUCACCUACCUCAUCCCCACAGUUUUUAUUUAUUUACUUUUCUGCUCUUUUGCACGCCAAUAUCUCUAACUGUACAUAAUCAUCUGAUCAUUUAUCACUCCAGUGUUAAUCUGCAAUAUUGUAAUUAUUCGCCUACCUCCUCAUGCCUUUUGCACACAUUGUAUAUAGACUUCCCCUUUUUUUUCUACUGUGUUAUUGACUUGUUAAUUCUUUACUCCAUGUGUAACUCUGUGUUGUCUGUUCACACUGCUAUGUUUUAUCUUGGCCAGGUCGCAGUUGCAAAUGAGAACUUGUUCUCAACUAGCCUACCUGGUUAAAUAAAGGUGAAAUAGAUUUUUUUUUAAUUAAAAAAUUGACCAGGUCCUGCCAUGUAGUUCUGGGCUGAUCCCUCACCUUCCUCAUGAUCAUUGAUGCCCCACGAGGUGAGAUCUUGCAUGGAGCCCCAGACCGAGGGUGAUUGACCGUCAUCUUGAACUUCUUCCAUUUUCAAAUAAUUGCGCUAACAGUUGUUGCCUUCUCACCAAGCUGCUUGCCUAUUGUCCUGUAGCCCAUUCCAGGCUUGUGCAGGUCUACAAUUUUAACCCUAUGUCCUUACACAGCUCUCUGGUCUUGGCCAUUGUGGAGAGGUUGGAGUCUGUUUGAUUGAGUGUGUGGACAGGUGUCUUUUAUACAGGUAACGAGUUCAAACAGGUGCAGUUAAUACAGGUAAUGAGUGGAGAACAGGAGGGCUUCUUAAAGAAAAACUAACAGGUCUGUGAGAGCCGGAAUUCUUACUCGUUGGUAGGUGAUCAAAUACUUAUGUCAUGCAAUAAAAUGCAAAUUAAUUACUUAAAAAUCAUACAAUGUGAUUUUCUGGAUUUUUGUUUUAGAUUCCGUCUCUCACAGUUGAAGUGUACCUAUGCUAAAAAAAUGUACAGACCUCUACAUGUUUUGUACUUGGAGGGGUUACUUCCCAUGAGCCGAUGUCCUCAAGCCCCUGCAGAGAAGUUGAAGCUGGGGAACAGUAUAGAUGCCUCCCUAGACCUCUGGUCCAGAAGUGAUGUUCAGACCUGCACUGACUGGGGAGCACCUGUGAUCUGGGAUGGGAUGUUUGACCCAGAUCAUUACGACCAGGAGCACAGGAAGAACCACUCAUCUGUCUCUCUCACUGUAUUCGCUGUGGGCAGGUAUCUAGAUGCCUACCUGAAGGCAUUCCUUCUCUCUGCUGAGCGUCACUUUAUGGAGGCUUUACCUGUGACAUACUAUGUGUUCACGGACGUUCCCGAGAGGGUACCAGACAUCCAUCUUGGUCCUGGGCGGAGCCUGAAAGUUGUGAGGGUGCAGAGACACUCUCGCUGGCAGGACAUCUCGAUGAUGCGUAUGAGGGCCAUCGCAGAUGCCAUCGAGUCAUGGAUUCGUCACCACAGCCACUACGUCUUCUGCUUUGACGUGGACCAGGCGUUUGUGGGUCGGUUCGGCUCCGAGGCUCUGGGAGACUCUGUUGCUCUGCUCCACGCCUACUACUACCACCAACCACAGAGCCUGUACGCCUACGACCGCAACCCCAGGUCCAGGGCCUACAUGGAGACUGGGGACUUCUACUAUCAUGCUGCUGUGUUCGGGGGCUCAUGGCGAACUGUGAAGAAUAUGACGGAGACCUGUUACCAAACCAUCAUGAAGGACAAGGAGAACCAGGUGGAGGCUCUGUGGCACGACGAGAGUCACCUCAACAAGUACCUGUGGCUCCAUAAGCCCAGCAAAGUGCUGUCUCCAGAGUACUGCUGGGACAGGAACAUUGGCUACCGUGGUGACAUACAUGUGGCCCGCCUGCUCUGGUCAGAGAAGAAAUAUGGCACACUCCGGGUUACAGAGUGAGUAAUCAGAACCUGUGUGCAAUAAUCUAAUGGGCAAAAGCCCCUGAAGCAUCAAACAUGGUCCACAGUACAGAGCUGCGAUAGUCUACAGCCCAAUGUGAUUUAUGCCCAUGCCUUGUUCAGAGCAAUGAGGCUUGUAAAUGUGUCAAUGGGCUGUCAGACUAUUAGAGCUGUGAAACUGUGAAUCUUUGGCUUGUGUGUUGAAACAUGAUCUUAAAAGUAGUAUGUUUCUUGGUUCUCCUGUGUUGCUUCAGUUGUCUGGUGGUAUUGUCUCUCCACCCACGAAGUCUGCUGUCUGUGGCUGGCGGGGAUUGAAAAAAAUUGUGAAAUAGACUAUGCUUGCACUGCUUCUUUUGUACGGUUUAUAUUUGUGGAUUAGAAGUAAAAAAUAAAAAUAAAAUAAAAAUUGGUUUUUAUAAAGUUGUAUUAUAUAUUGGAAAUUGUUUUUAUGUAUCAUUUUAUGUAUCACUUUUAC